AUGGCUGACGACGACACCUCCUCCUCUUUCACCUUUUGUUUUACGAUGCCUUUCCUCUUCUCCGAUAAGCAAAAUGACCCAGUAGAGGUUGCCUAUGAAGUAUUCGAGGAAAUGAAGAAAAGGGGAUUUGUCAUAGAACAGAGCACCUAUGCCUUAGUGAUUCAAGCUCUUUGUGUGGCAAAUAAAGCUGAAUGUGCUUUUAUCAAUUUGCAACAGAUGAUAUGGGAUAAAACCCCAAUUAAAACAUUUGGACUGCCCGGGAAUCAAACUCAGGUCUGUACCGUACCACUACUCUACCACUAG